UGUUGUUCGUUUGAAUUCAUUAUGAUUUCUGAAAGACAAAUGCAUGUGAUUCCAUAUGCGUAUGUUUUUUUUGAGUUUCGUAGAGCACCACAUAUCCAUUUGCUACCUUGACCUGUACUCUUAUCUAGAUUUUCUCAAUUAUAUACAAUCUAUAGUUCACCUAUAUAUAUACAACACCAUUUCUUGAUUACAACCAACAACAAUUCUUCAAAAUACUUCAGCUUUUACUCACUUCAAAUACUUCUUAAAAGGGUUUUUGUUUUUCACCUCAGCUAAGCAAUAUUCACUUUACAGAAAGAUGGCAAUCCGCCAAAUUUUGAGACGAUCUUUAUCGAGCGAAAGAAGAUCGGUUGAAGUUCCAAAGGGGCAUUUAGCUGUUUAUGUCGGGCAAAAUGAGAAGAAGCGUUUUGUUAUUCCAUUAUCGUAUUUGAACCACCCUUCAUUUCAAGAACUGCUAUCUCAUGCCGAAGAAGAAUUUGGAUUCCAUCAUCCAAUGGGAGGCUUAACCAUUCCUUGCAGCGAAGAUCUAUUCGUUGAUCUUACAUCUCGUUUGAGCAGAACAUGAUUGUAUACACGUAUAGAUAUGUUUAGGAAUAUCACAGUUUUGUAAAGAUUAGUGUUUCUAUAAGAAAGAUUCUUAUUCUUGAUUCAUAUCCUUCAUACACAAAUACAUGAUAGUUUUAUAUA